AGGAACCAACCCCAGGGAUCCCCUAGAGAGAAGAGUUAAAGGAGGCGAGGAACUACAGAGCUAGGGUUAGGGCUUUUAGAAAAUGACGUUCAAGCGUAGGAACGGUGGCCACAACAAGCAUGGCCGUGGCCAUUUGAACUUCAUCUGCUGCUCUAACUAUGGCAAGUGCUGCCCUAAGGAUAAGGCUAUCAAGAGGUUUCUUGUGAGGAACAUUGUUGAACAAGCUGCGGUUAGGGAUGUUCAAGAAGCCUGUGUUUAUGAUGGUUAUACGCUUCCCAAGCUGUACGCAAAGAUGCAGUAUUGCGUCUCCUGUGCGAUCCAUUCGCAUGUUGUAAAGGUUCGUUCUUGGACUAACAGAAGAAAGAGGGAGCCACCUCAGCGCUUUAGGCGCCGGGAAGAAAUGCCAAAGCCUGGGCAAGCCCCACACCCAGCUGGAGCUGCAAAUUCUAGGCGUGUUUGAAAGCUUUUAAGAAUCUCAGUUCAUCCAUUUGGGCAAUGGGAUAUUUUAUGAAAUGUUUUGUUUUGUGCCGUUAUGGUUUUUCUUAGAUUCUACCAUUAGGGGAGUAAAGGUUUUGCUCAAACUAAAAUUUCCCAUAAUUGAAUCAUCCGCAUAUUAAUUGUUAGGUUUUAAUGUUAUGGUUGUCAAAAACUCAAUUCAAUGUUUAUUCCAAUGAAAAUGGGUAAUGGA